AUGUCUUCAAAGUCAAUGGAAAUGGGUUAUCAGCCCAUGUCUGGUGGCCUCAAGCUCCCUUUUCGCACCAAAAUAAGACGAGCACCAGCAGGCACGGAUUUGACUGGCAAAGUUGGGAUCAUCACAGGUGGCAAUACUGGCCUGGGGCUUCAUUGUGCGCGUCACCUUUUGUUGCUUAAGCUUUCUCAUCUCAUCUUGGCCGUCCGGUCGCCCAAAAAAGGAGAGGCCGCAGCCAUGGGGCUGCGGGCUGAUUACCCAGCAGCAACAGUUGACGUUUGGACACUGGAGAUGACCUCCUACUCCUCCAUACAGGACUUUUGCAAGCGAGCAGAGACAGAUCUUAAGAGACUCGACUUUACGAUCCUCAAUGCCGGCGCAGUGAAAGUGGAUUUUGGCAUCUGCAGCACUGGCCACGAAGAGGUAGUCCAGAUUAACUACUUGUCGACGUUCCUCCUUGCAAUCCUCAUGCUGCCCAUAUGCAAAGACAAGGCACCUUCUGGAAGCCCUGGUCGUCUUACAAUUGUCAGCUCAGGGACGGCCUUGAUGGCGAAGUUCUUGAACCGCGACAAAAGGCCACUACUUGCAUCAUUUGAUGGCACCACUGUUCAACCUUGGGACGCCAUUGAGAGAUAUUUCUCCUCCAAAAUGUUAGGCCACUUAUUCUUUGCCAAAUUGAUCGACUAUCUGAACCCAGAUGACGUGAUCGUCAACCUUGUCGAGCCUGGCAUGUGCAAGGGAUCAGAGUUGCAUAGGGAAGUCCCAGGUGUUGUGGGGGUCUUUCUAAAUACCUAUAAGGCAAUCGUUGGUCGUAAUCCUGCCGACGGCGCGUGGACUUAUGUUGAUGCUGCAGUGGUGAAAGGCAAAGAGUCUCAUGGUUGUUUCAUCCUGGACUGGGAGAUCCAUCCGUUUACGAAACUUGUCUAUUUGCCGGAGGGAAAGCCAAUAAUCGAUACGCUUUGGGAUGAGACAAUGGCUGAGUAUGAGUUCGCAGGGGCGCGCCUCAUACUAAACAAGUGCAAACCGAAGGGUAAUGCAUAG